AGUUGUGGUCGAUUGGUUAUAGGCGCGGGUGUCGGCGGUGGUUUAUUAUAUUUUAUAUACGGAGACGUAUAUCCGACAGGUAAAAAUGAAACUGGCUGUGUUUUGCUUGGUGCUGUUUUACGUUGGGCGAGGAGAUGGGUAUAUUGUCGGUGCUGGAUUAAACGUUCGCUUCGCCCAAAUGCUGUACACCGACAACAAGUACCAAGUGCUCCGGGAAGAGAUGAUAAAGGCCAACACCAAAAACAUGGUCUACCACUGCCGAGCCGACAAGAGCGAUUGCGACUCCGCGCUGGCCAAGAUGCGGUAUAAGGCCAGCAAGCACUUCUACGCUUUGGCGAAGGCUGUGGUCGACUAUGUGAAGAAUAAGAGGCAGGCGCGGCCGACUGGCUAUGUUGGCACAGCAACGUUCUGUCAGGACAACAUCUGCGUCCCCGACACGGACCCGCCGAUCGUGUUCGGCGGCUGCUACACCCUCAUCUCCUGCGGCGGCAACAACACCUGGCACCUGGACCCUGUCGUCUAUAAGGGCAAGAAGAACAGAUACUACUAAAGAGAGAGUCUACGUUAAGAAUAAACUAUUACUACUGUUUA